CCGGUGCGGGGCGGGCCGUGGGGAGCCGCUCGGCAGCCGCUGCGGCCCGUCCCUGCGCUGGGGCUGCGCCUCGGGCCCAGCCUCGCACCGCGGCCGGCAGGAGGGAGCCGGGGGCCGCGGCUCCUUCUCCGAGCGGCGAGCUACUCAUCCUCUGGCUGCUAGAGAGUUUGCAGUAACAGACCUUUUCUCUGCUAGACUGGAGAUCUGCUUCUGGAGCACAUCACUGGUUUCCCACCAGUGGUUUCCCACUGGUCUCCCGCUUGCGUGCUGGUUUGGAUGCGUUACUCCUAGCUGGAGGCUCUCUCUGCCUUAGAACCAACUGAAAAUGUCUCAGAAUCCUGACAAGCCACAUUCAAGUGAAGAAAAAUUGAGUGGUUUGGAGGAUGAUCAAGAGGAGAGCUUGGACAACCCGGAUCAGUCUAUCAGAAAAAGAAUACGACAGAGUGCUCCAGGGUCACACAGAGAUGACACACCGAAGUCCAGUCCUCCUCGGCCUGUGUCAAUAGAAGAGCUCAUGGAAACAGCUAAGGGUGUAACCAACAUGGCAUUAGCACACGAAAUUGUUGUUAACGGAGACUUCCAGAUAAAACCAGCUGAAUUACCAGAACACAGCUUAGAAAAAAAAGUAAGAGAUAUUGUGCAUAAAGCUUUCUGGGAUUGUCUGGAAGCUCAGUUAAAGGAAGAUCCACCAACAUAUGACCAUGCAAUUAAACUAUUGGGAGAAAUUAAAGAGAAUCUCCUGUCUUUCUUGUUGCCUGGUCAUACUAGACUGAGAAGCCAAAUUACAGAAGUUCUUGAUCUGGAUUUGAUAAAACAGGAGGCAGAGAAUGGGGCCCUUGACAUUUCUAAGUUGGUCGAAUUUGUUAUUGGGAUGAUGGGGACUCUCUGUGCUCCAGCUCGAGAUGAAGAAAUUAAGAAACUGAAAGAUAUUCAUGAAAUAGUUCCUCUGUUCAGAGCAAUUUUCUCUGUAUUAGACCUAAUGAAAAUGGAUAUGGCAAACUUCGCUGUCAGUAGUAUUAGGCCAAAAUUAAUGCAGCAGUCUGCUGAAUAUGAAAGAAAGAAGUUUCAGGAGUUUCUUGAGAAACAGCCAAAUUCUUUAGACCUUGUCACAAGGUGGUUGCAAGAAGCAGCAGAUGAUCUUGCAAAGCUGAGAUGUAAAAUGCUGCCUCCCCACUGUAGCGAUGGUGCCACUGGUGGAGCUUUCACCUUGUGCUCCACUGCUGUACAAAAUCAGGCCUAUCUGAAGCUCCUAAAAUGGGAUCAUGUAAACAGGCCUUUUCCAGAAACAGUGCUCAUGGACCAGACCCGCUUUCAGGAAAUACAGCUGGAGUUGGAGCAACUUCUCUUGACUGGGACAGUCCUUCUGGUGACGUUCAGUGCAGCAGGCUCGGCACUCGUUGAUAUGCCUGGAUUUGCUGAGAAAAUCAAAACCAUUGUCAAGGUGCUGCUGACAGGAACGCAUCUUCCCUCCUUUAACCUGAAGGAAGCUCUGGCUACUGUCAGUGAAAAGGUGUGCGCUGAAGUUAACAGCUGCCUCUCCCAGCACGGGUUUACACCCUUCUCAGCUGAGAGAGAGACUGUACUUAAAGGACAAAUCCAAGCAGUGGCCAAUCCGGAUAACACCAUAUGCAAGCUAAUAGAUUCUCGAAUUCAAAAGUUUCUGGAGAGUUGUCUUGCGUCUAGUCAUCAGAAAUCAUUCCCUGCUAUUCCUGGAGGAUUAGGCCCUAUUCAAAGAGAGUUGGAAGAGAUUGCUGUCAAGUAUGUUCGUCUUGUCAACUACAACAAAAUGGUCUUCAGCCCUUACUAUGAUGCAGUUCUUGGCAAAAUACUGCUUAAGGAAGAAUCCCAACUUGCAGGGAAGUCAGAAGAAUUGUAAAACCAGUUUGUAUGCUACCGAUAUGGUAUUAACUUUGUCAGCUAUUUUUAAAAAUUGCACCAAUAUUUGUCUAGGAAAACAGCUUUCCAUGUAAAUACUGGUUCCUUUUAAUUCACUAGUGAUGAUUGAUGAGGAAAAUACAUAAGAUGCAAAAGGGGUUCUGAAGUAAAUGAUGAGAGAGAGAGAGAUGCAUUUUUAAUGUAAGUAUGCAACCUUGGGGGGGGGAUGUCUUGGUAGUUUUCUGGCUGCAAUUUUUAGAUUUUUGAGCUGAUGUUAGGUAGAACAAGUUUAAGAACUAAACUUUGUAUUUAAGUGGCUCAUUUUAGGGCAUUUUACUCUAAUUUACCCUGAAUUUAGUUUAAUUGACCCAGAGCAGACUAGCAAUGGUCCUUCCCAGAAGGGUUGAUUUGGCUUUAAAACAACUUUAAAGACUGAAGAAGUAAGCUAAAAUUCUAGAUAAGAGAAACUUUAACAAGCAAAAAACAAAGCCAAACAGCACUUUACUGUAACAUUAUUGUUAGUAUGGUAGGCUACCAGUUUUUUCUGCAUUUUACUGCAUUUUUAAUGGCAUUUUUUUGCUGUUUACCUGCAGAUGUUACAAAACACAUAAUAUAUUUUUGUAGCAAAUUUUCUGGUUAUUGGGUAACUGUCCUCUGCUAUGUACAGUACUUACAAAGGUGGCAAUCUUAUAGAUUGCGGCUGUAUUUAUCUCUUGUAAAGACUUCAGAAGGGCAGAGCUAAAAUGUUUUGAUAAAAGUGGCAUUUCCUACCUUUUUUUUGCUAGUAGUUUACUCCUUUUUAUGUGAAAUACUAAUUUUAAAGUAAAUCUUUGUCAUGUUCAGAAGGUGGAUUUAAAGUGUGCAAAACUUUAGGCUGAAAAUUUUACUUGUUUUUUAAAACUACAACUGGAGAUGGUUCGUAUUCAAUCACGUCUUCAAAAAUAUCCAGGAAGUGCAGAGCACUAUUGGAAGUAUAAGUGAUUUUAAUGUCCUGUGAGAAGUGAAUGAUUUAAUGUUAGUUUGAAUAUAUAGGGAAUAUUUUCAGUAGAAGACUUUUUUUUUCAGCUUUGUAGAGGUGUUCUUGAAACUUAAAAUAUUUGUAGGUCUUGAAUUUAAUGAGCUACAUGUCGUAUAGAUGAGUGUUCACAGAAGAGCUCAAUGGUCUUACAGCCUUACUGCAAUUUCAGGCUCAGCUAGGAGGUAAGUCCAUUGGAAAUUUUCCUCUAGUUGAGCACAACGCUGUAUUACAGUAAUCAAAAUUUGAUGAUUUUUUAUGAAAGCAAAGUUCGUAGUUAAAAACAGGAAGUGUCCCAAGUACCAGACUAUCCAAAAUAGAAUGUGUUGUCUUUUAAAAAAAAAAAAGUAUGUAAAAUAAAUAAAUAAAAGGCCACUUUUAUUGCUAACAUCCAAAUUCCUUUUAUUAAUCAGUCAACCAAAAUAAUAGAACUUCUAGAAGGAAGCACCUGGUUAUGAAUCAGUGUUGGUGCUUCCCUUUCCAGGUUUCCCCACCACAACCCUGUAAAAGAUCACUAGCUCAGACAAGUGCUUUUUUCUCUUGGCUAAAUGUACUCGGAUAGUAAAAUGGAUGUCUGUCUUUGAAUCUUUUUUUUGAUAGCUCAAAAAUGAGUAGGUUGGUUAGCCAGAAAAAAGACUUCUGAGUAGGUAUUUGGUGUGGUCUGUUUCAUUGUUUGAAUCCACAAAGGAUACUACAAUGGUCUUCAAGAUUGCUGCAGCUGCUUACUGUGCUUCGUUAUUAGUGCAGGGUCCACCUCAAAAUACAGCCUAUACCUCUGCAGCUCCAGAAAAUUAAUUCAGUAGUCUGCAUAACAGAAGAGCGACCAGAAGCAUUAUUGCUAGAGAGAUUUAAAAAACCAAAAUAAAUAACCAAGACAAAGCUGUUUUCAUUUUUGUUAAAUGAGAGUUGCAGAAAUUGUAAAGUGCUGCUGUUACUUUUAUAUUUUCAUAUUGCCUAGAAGCUGCCUUUAAAGGCCCCUGUGAAUUACGCGUACUACAGAACUGUAGAUGCUGUAGGGGAUAAUCUGAAGGACGGGGGGAGGUACAACAUCAUGGCGAAACAACAUACUUAGAAAAGCCUUUGAGAACUAUGUGACUGAUGCCAGAAUGAACAGGACUGCAUUAUCAUCGAUAAAACUGUACUUGCUUAAUCUAGGAGAUGGCUGCUCCCAGUUCUGGAAUUCAGGGUCCAGAUGUCCAUGGCUGCCACCUCCUGCUUACUCUUGACAUCGAAGCAUGGACUGUACUGCCACUAGUGCAUGUGUGUUGCUCGCAGGGUCAAUACAGCAAGUCCCAUCUCUCCUCGCAGCAGGGUUUUGAUCCUAAGGCUUCAUGUAGAAAAAAGCGCAGUACCCACAUCUGGCUCCAGUCCCACCUUUGGGGGUACACAUCCUACAUCGUCUUUAAAAGAAACAGGGAGAUAUGAUUAAGUGGCAAAGCAGAAAGGAAAUUCUAGGAUUGAUAAGGCCAGACCCCCACCUCUGUGUGAACGUUUAUAUGGUUAUACAUAACGCUGUUUCACCUUUUAGUCUGGUAGAGAGGGAGCACUGACCUACAGUCAUCUGUACUGCUGGUGGCGGAAUGUCUUGCAACUCGUCCGACUGUCCAACUUUCCUGUAGUCCAUGGAGGUUCUUCUGGUCUUACCAGAGUGCAAGUCUGAAUAGUCAAUUACAAGUUAAAAUCUAACAUAUGCAUAGAAAUUGCUUUGGAAGUUCAUGUAGUGUUUUCGUUAGCUUGUUUAGAAAUAACAGGUUAAACUAUGUAGCUAAUUUAUUAACAUUUAGCAUUGUACAUUAGGUGGAAGACCAAUGCAGUUAUCCAGGAACAGAAUGUGUUAGCUAGUACUCCUGGACAAUCCACAGUAGAAAUACAUACCGAGUUUGUCUUAUGAUGCUGUCUUCUUUAAGCAGUCAUGGAAUUAAAAGCAAAAGUAUACUGUAUCCUCUAGAAAAAUGGCAAAAAAGCUAAUUCUAAUAUGUAUGCUCCAGUCAAUUUCCUGUGAUGGUCUUAUUAACAUCGCUUUUGAAGUGGCUGAGUACUAUUUAAGAAGUAACUUGUUGUGUUUGAAUAAAACCAGAAUGAGGCAUGA